AUGGAGGAAGAUAGUACCGACAACUAUCGUGUGAAGGAUGUCCGUUUUUUUGGAGCAUCGCGGAGGAUUUUGUUGCAAAGCAAGAACGGGCCCUGCCCCCUGCUUGCGAUAUGCAAUGUGCUACUUUUGCGGAACAUUCUGAGCAUCAGCCCUGAUACCAGGUAUAUCUCCUUCGGCGAGUUGGUUCAAAUGGUGUCAGAUUGGAUCUUCGAAGCCAACAGCAAAGAAAGUGGCGGAGAUAGUCCUCAUGCUGCAAACUUGCGCGAGAGUUUGAACUCUUGCCUGGAAGUCUUGCCAAAGUUGAAUGUUGGCCUAGAUGUGAAUUGCCGAUUUGGAGGGGUGACAGACUUUGAGUACACCCAAGAGACCACAGUGUUUGACAUGCUGGAUAUCGCUCUUUAUCACGCUUGGAUCGUGCCAAAGGAGGACACAAGAUCCUUUGCUGCCUUUGGACAUCUCUCCUACAAUCAGGUUGUGGAGAAGCUCAUUGCAUAUGAGGAGCUUUGUCAGGGUGAGGCUAAAGGCCCAGAUCCAGAAAACGAGAAGCUCCUGGAAGAUGGUCUUCUCAUUAAGGAAUUUCUGGAACGAACCCAGACUCAGAUUUCCUACGAGGGAUUGCUGGCGUUGCAUGAGGCAGUCCGUGAGCGACAGCUGGCUGUGUUUUUCAGAAACUCUCAUUUCAACACCAUCCUGAAGUACAACGGAAAUCUUUAUUUGCUGUGUACAGACAUUGCAUUUGCAAAUUCGGACUUGCUUUGGGAGAGAUUCACAGAGGUUGACGGCGACACUGAUUAUUGUGAUGCAGAGUUCCGCUCUAGCGCAGAGGCCGCACAAGCCCCGGCACAGGCAAUUGGGCAAGGACCUGAGGACUCUGAUGCGCAGCUAGCCUGGCGUAUGAUGCAGGAGGAGCUGCAAGAGCAGGAGGACGAAGCUUUUGUGCCUACGACUAAGCACUGGCUGACAAGCUUGUCGCUUGCCGCCAAGACCUGGGCCUUGACGGGCAACGUGCGAUGCAGCGCAGUGUUAGUCUUCCUGGCUUCGCGAAAAAGUCGUCGCAGUGCCCGUCGUGUCACUGCAAUGAAGGACGGAGCAGGCUUGCCGCUGCUGCAGAGGGUGCAGCGAUCCUUGAGGUUCUACUCAGCCAUUGUUCCAGUGCUCGGUCAGUAUUCCUUUCGACCCUGGCUGCACAGCAUAGGCCUGGAGAAGAAAGGUGGAGAUGAGCUUAUGGCUGAGAUGGAUGAGUGGGGGUCGCAGAGGCUGCAGGAGACACUGCUUGACCUGGGUGGCUUCUAUGUAAAGACAGGGCAGGUACUCUCCACCCGCGUAGACUUAUUCUCCAAGCCGUACACACAGCGCCUGCAAAUUCUGCAGGAUAGCCUCCCGCCCGUGGAUGCCAAAGAAAUUCGGAAGGUCAUUUGCGAGGAGUUGUGUGGUGGCGGCGAUUUGUCAGAGCUGCUGAAAGAGCUGGACGAAGAGCCAUUGGGCACUGCCUCCAUUGCCCAGGUGCACCGAGCAGUUCUCAAUGAUGGCCGCGAGGUGGCCAUCAAGGUCCUUCGGCCCAACAUGGAGCCGGUGCUGAGAGGUGACCUGGCUAAUCUCAAAGCUUUUGCUUUGGCGCUGCGUGGAAGGCUCCCAGUGGAUUACUAUCCGGUGUUUUGCGAGCUCGAGCGUGCCUUGGAUGGGGAACUCGACUUCCUCAGCGAAGCUCAAUCUGCGCUCAAGGUGGCCGCCUCCAUUCGUCACGAUCCUCUUGGACGAGAAGUAGACUCGCCACUGGUGGUUCCGUUGCCCAUUCCGGGCAUGGCGACGCGGAAGGUACUAGUCAUGGACUUUGUCAAGGGCACUCCCCUGUCAAAAUUAGAGGACAGAGCGAAGGAGCUGGGCAUUGACCUUGGAAGCAAAGCCGGCAAGGUCCUUGGGCGCCGAAUCCUGGAAGCCCUGACCACCGCUUACGGCAAUAUGAUCUUUUCAUCGGGCUUCAUUCACGGCGAUCCGCAUCCAGGGAACAUCUUUGUUCUCGAGGGCGGCAAAGUGGCCCUCAUUGACUGUGGCCAGGUGGCACAGCUCUUUCGCGGCCAAAGGCUUCUGGUUGCUGAGGUCGUUCUUGCAGCUGCUGCUUACGACGGCAGCAGGGACAUGAUCGAGCUGCUUGCAAGAUGUGUCCGCAACUUUGGUGUGACCUUCUUCGAAGGCCAAGAGGAUGAAGACGCUUGUGCAGCGAGUGUAGCGCUUUACCUCUUUGGGGAGCAGGACGUUGAAUUUCCCGGCGGAUAUUCCAAAAAGGAAUUCUCCGCAGAAAGCCCUCUGCGGCAGCUGUCUUCAUUUCCAAUGGAGCUGGUGCUGCUCGGAAGGGCGUCGGUUCUGGUGAAGGGAGUGGCUGCCCGACUGGGGGUGGAGUGGAGCGUGGCCAAGAAGUGGGAGCCCCUGGCAAAGGACACCAUUGCUGCCCUUUGCGACGAGGAUGAGUGUCGUCUUCCCUCUUGGGCACUCCCAACUGCAAAUGUUCAUCCUUCUGAAGGAAAUGCCGAGCGCAUGCGGUUGAGCGAUGCUGCCAAAGGUUGCGCCGCUCUAAUUCGCCGCUGGGGCAUUGAGAAGGCUGCAAGCAUGCUAGCGCGCCAAAGAGAGCGCAAGGAGAAAGAGAAGACCGAAGCGUGA